AUGAAAUGGGUUAAUAAUAGUUCAACAAACAAUUUUUUGAACGGAAAUGAAAAUGUUAUGCUUGAAACACAAUUACCACCCGUUGUUGAACGUUCUCAGUCCUGGCUGUGGCUUAUAGCAAUUAGUGUUACAUUUGGCGUCAUUUUACUUAUUAUUCUAGUUAUUGUAUUGUGGUGUGUAAGUAUCAAAUUGUGUGGAUUUUUUAAACGUCAUCGUCCACAACAAGGUUCACCUAUUAUUGAAUCUCAAAAUAAAGGUAGAUAUCAUGUGAUAAAUAGUCUUGAUGAUCGAGAUGAAGGUGAAAUGAUGAAUGAUGACGAUGAAGCGGCUAACAAUCUGAAUUAUCCUCUACAAUCCAGUGAUAGUCUACCAAUAUUUGUCCCAAAUACUCAUCAUUUAAUACCAUCGUCAAAUGCUGUUUUUCCUCAAACAGUGAUGCAAAGAACGUAUCAAUUUACAUAUUAA